CUCCCUCCAUUUUUUUCAUUUGCCUCCACCGAACUUAGCACAGCAGCAUCCACAGGCGUCUGUAAAUAUGUAAGCCACUGACUGCGAGAGGGAUAUCAUCCGGCGUCGAAAAACCGCAGCUCACACCGGCUCCUGUUUCACUGAACGAAGAAGAAGAAGGGCUUGAAAACGGACGCCGGACGUCGAAUGAUAUCCAUCUCAUUGCCGGUAGCUUCCGCAUUUACGAACGCCGGUAUGAAGUGAGGAUGCCGGUGAAUGCUGCUGUGGUAGGACCGGUGGAGGAGAACGAAAAAGUGGAGGGAGGGAGUUCGAAAUGAGGACAGGCGAACUCUGAUUUUUUUUGUCUUUUUGUAUUACCUUUUACUCGCCCGAUGACAUGGCCGUUUCUGGUUGGCGGGUUUACUCAUCCCGUGAACCCACGGUGCGAGCACGAACUUGGCCUGUCUGAAAGCUGAUCAACGAUCUGUCUCCGUCCAAUCCACACGCUUCUGUGUCAGAGUAUAUUGUUUCAAGGGUAUAGAUUUCGGAGAAAGAUCUGCUACGUCCGUUGGUGGGCUAAAGCCGUGAAUCACAGCCGUUAGAGUUGAAUGUGGGGCCCAAAAUACAUCCAAAGGCCGUGAUUUCAGGUUUUAGCCCAAGGCUAUGUCAUCGGGCGUAGCUGAUAAUUUGAAAGGGAUUUUCAAAGCGGGAAAUAUGCUGACGUGGUAGACCCAGAGAACCGAUAACCUUAUCAAUGAAAACCGGGCGGAGAAGAAGCCACGUGGGACGAGCGUGAUGAAAUGGCAGCUAAGAUCUCGAAUUCCCACCUCUAAUCAGAAUCCUUCUAUCUACUAAGGACUUUGCUUCCUCCCAUCCUCUCAAAACAGAGUACACUCGCUACAAGCCUACGACAGCUUUUCCUACAUCGAAGCCUCCUCCCUGUAAAAAAUUGCAGAACACAGACAGAAAACAGAGAUGGCAUCCACAUCCGCGGUUUCGAUGGCGAUGCCAUUGACUUCUGCAAGCCACAAGAGGGUAUCCAUUGGUUCAGAGGCCUUCUUGAAGCCGUUGCCAGUGAGGCCAUCAAAGGCCAUGGCGACCACAACUUCAAGAGCCGGGUCCAAGCUUCAAGUCCGAGCGUCGCUGAAGGAGAAGGCUGUGACGGGAUUGACAGCUGCCGCACUGACCGCUUCGAUGGUGAUCCCAGAGGUGGCCGAGGCUGCUGGAUCUGGAAUCACCCCAUCUCUCAAGAACUUCUUACUCAGCAUUGUUGCCGGUGGAGUUGUGCUUAGCGUUAUAGUUGGCGCUGUCAUUGGCGUCGCCAACUUCGACCCCGUCAAGCGGAGCUAAAAAUUUAAUCGAGAAAAACAGAGGAGCAAAGUGCGAGAUUGUGAAUUGCUGGUUCGUUUUUUUUUUCUAUCUACAUUCUUCUUGCACUGCAAGUUUAAGUAAAAUCUCUGUAUCUUCAUCUUUUGUUCAUGUUGGUAAAAUAUGUACUUUUCUAAUUUGAUGGUUAAAAGACAUGAUUUCAAUAAC